GCUAGCUUAUGUCAUAGUGACGAGUUCUAAUUUAUGUUCCCCAAUGAAAGGCAUUAGGGCUUGGUAGCACCAGCGGCUAACAGGCUAACUGUAGCCCUUUUUCCACGGCUAGUGUUCCGAGAGGUAACUCGGGUCACUGUGUGGAGGACAAGUGGAAAUGUUGACUUUAUAAAUAACCAGACUACAGCGGUAUAUAAUUUGCUUAAUUUAAAAUGCUUAUACAAAAACGAACUAACUAAUGCAUCAGAAACUUCGAAGUGUCUUCGGCAGAAUCACUAUGUCAACAAUGACGCCAAGCUAAAGCUAACAUUUUAACAGUUUUAAGGGGAGGACUUAAACGGCAAGAUACCACUAUCUGUGGAAGAUUUUGAGGUCAAAAAGGACCCAGUUAUCGAAGACCCAGAGCACAAUGUCUACACCAGGUUCAUGAAGUCCCACAAGUGUUAUGACCUGGUUCCUACCAGCUCCAAAUUGGUUGUGUUUGAUACAUCACUUCAGGUGAAAAAGGCAUUCUUUGCACUUGUUUCUAAUGGGGUGAGGGCAGCGCCUCUGUGGGACAGUAAGAAGCAGUGCUUUGUUGGCAUGCUAACCAUCACAGACUUCAUCAACAUUCUCCAUCGCUAUUACAAAUCUCCACUGGUCCAAAUAUAUGAGUUGGAAGAACACAAAAUUGAAACAUGGAGAGAGGUUUAUCUCCAAGACUCCUUCAAACCCUUGGUGAGCAUAUCCCCCAGUGCAAGUUUGUACGACGCAGUGUCGUCUCUGCUGAGGAACAAGAUCCACAGAUUGCCUGUAAUCGACCCGCUGACGGGAAACACACUCUACAUCCUGACACACAAGAGGAUUCUCAAGUUCCUGAAGCUUUUUAUCUCAGAGAUGCCAAAACCUUCUUUCCUGAGACAAACGUUGGAGGAGCUGAACAUAGGAACCUUUAAGAACAUAGCAGUCGUCCGCUCAGACACGCCGCUCUACACAGCGCUGGGUAUUUUCGUUGAGCAGCGAGUGUCGGCGCUUCCUGUCGUGGACGACAAAGGACGAGUGGUGGAUAUUUACUCCAAAUUUGAUGUGAUAAACCUGGCAGCAGAGAAGACCUACAACAACCUGGACAUCACCGUGACCAAGGCGUUACAGCACCGCUCCCAGUACUUUGAAGGAGUUCUCACCUGCCACAGAAACGAAACCCUGGAGGCCAUCAUCAACAGACUGGUGGAGGCCGAGGUUCACAGGCUGGUGGUGGUGGAUGAGCAGGACGUGGUGAAGGGAAUCGUCUCCCUCUCUGAUAUCCUGCAGGCACUGGUGCUGACAGAUGGAGAUGAAGGCACUGCUUGAGGAAGAGACAUAGGAAAAAAAAGGGCUGCACAGUUUGGAAAGGAGGAAGAAGAACUGACGUGGAUUCAUCAUCAUCAUCUUCAUCCUCCUCCUCAUCAACGCACAGACAUCUGUUCAAAGUAUGAAACUCACUGAGUCAGUUCCACCCAACAAUGUAGAAUUUUCUGUAUGCAGGACUACAUGCAUCUGAGCUCCUGUUAUUUGAGCCAAAUAUCAAAUUGAGGAUGAAUAUAUGAUGAUGGAUAUAUAAUGAUGGAUAUAUAAUGAUGGAUAUAUAAUGAUGGACAUAUAAUGAUGGAUAUAUAAUGUGAGGUGUAGAGCAGCUGUAGACACUCAGGAUCACUCAAUACUUACCUACAAAUUUGCCUUAAAUGCACGUGAUUCCAGCAUUUCAUUCUGUAACAGUUGGGCUGAAAUUGAGACCCAGGUUAAAGCUGAUCAGUGUUGAUUUAGAAACUCUACUGUUCGGAGAGUGAACUACAUACUAAUCAGGACGUCUAUAUACAGACUGAGCUGUUAAGAUAAAAACCUUCAUUUUUUUUAUUUUAAAAUUCAUAUUAAACACUAUGUUAAUACUAAUUUUACAACAAGAAAUACUAUUAUAUUAUAUUAUAAAUACUAUUUACAACAGGAAAAUUGUCACCUGCACAGGACGUGUUUAAAACACACCUAGAGUAAAAAGAACUGGCGGUGAUUUGUUUUUCUGACACAAAACAUUAUAUUUUGCCACAGCAGGAACUCAGAAUAAAUUUGAACUGAAGAGAUGAAAUAAUUUGGUUGGACUCGUUAGUGAUGUGAUGAGUUGAAAUCUUUGGCUUGUGCCAGCCUGUGACCUAACACAUGUAGUACAGCACUUUAGGCUCCUCAUAGUAACCACAAGGGGUCAGUCAAGACCAGCAUAGGUUUAAUCUUUUAUUAAAAACCACAGUUAAUUGUAUGUUGUUGUUUGACUUCACAAAUUGAGUAUUUAUGGAUUUUGUCUUUUUUCUUUGAAUAUUGUUGUCUGUGCUGUUGCUAAUCAAAUGUUUAUACAUUUGUGCUGGAAUUGUUAGCUUCUUUGUUAGCGUCCACAUCAUGUUUGGCGUUUAUUCUCAUCGACUCUCAUUUUUCUGGAGAUGGUCAUUGACUUGAAAUCUACUGAUCUCAGUGAGUUUUAUUCAUCAUCUCGUGCAUAUGUCGUUAGAAUACUUGUUGAUUUGUUUUUUAAUUUUUUUAUAGAAUAUCAAAUGUAUAAAGUUUAUAGGUUUAUUCAACUCGUUGUCUAUGGAUUAUCGACAUCAUCCAAUACCAGCGUUUCUGCACUCUGUUUUUAUAAACAGGAGGCUCUUCAUACUCUUACACGACGUGUUCAUCUGUCUGUAAAUGCACAGUUUUGUACUAAUCUACACUGAGAUGAUACUUUAAGAGUAGAGCAAUAAAGGUUGAGGUCAUUUUAAAUCA